UACUCCCUUCUUCCGCAGACUAUUCUUGUCUUCACAGAACGACUGCAGAAAAGAUCUCUGAUUCCUCUUCGGACUGUGCCACUUCCUAAAACCCUAGCGCAAUGUCGAAAUCCCUCGUCGUCUUGACGCUAAUCUCUGUUCUUCCAUUGCUUUGCUAUGCCUUCUCCCCCGAGAAUCCCACAGAUCGCAAAGUCCUCGUCUUACUCGACGAUUUUGCCAUCAAAUCUACCCAUUCUUUGUUCUUCAAGUCCCUCCAGUCUCGUGGUUUCGACCUCGAUUUCAAGCUCGCUGAUGACCCCAAGAUCUCCUUGCAGAGACAUGGACGCUAUUUCUAUGAUGCAUUGAUCUUGUUUGCACCAACAAUUGACCGUUUUGGGGGAUCCGUUGAUCUUGCUGGUAUUCUGGAUUUUGUCGAUUCGGGGCAUGAUCUUAUUCUCGCUGCUGAUUCUAAUGCAUCGGAUUUGAUCCGAGAAAUUGCCACUGAAUGUGGUGUUGAUUUCGAUGAGGAUUCAGCUGCUGUAGUCAUUGACCACACCAGCUAUGCAGUAUCAGAGACAGAGGGAGAUCACACAUUGAUUGCCAGUGACGAUUUGAUCAAGUCUGAUGUAAUUGUGGGAAGCAAGAAGAUUGAGGCUCCUGUUCUUUUCCAGGGGAUUGGCCAUACUUUAAAUCCUGUUAAUAACUUGGUGCUAAAAGCUCUCUCAGCAUCUCCCUCAGCAUAUUCUGCGAAGCAAAAGUCCAAGCUAUUGAGCCCUCCACAACUAAAAGGAUCUGCUAUCUCUCUGGUUUCAGUCAUACAGGCAAGAAACAAUGCUCGGAUUUUGAUCUCUGGAUCAUUAAGUUUGUUUAGCAACCGAUUUUUCAAAUCUGGGGUGCAGAAGGCUGGACAUCCAACCAAGUAUGAUAAGUCAGGCAACGAGCAGUUUUCAAUUGAACUAAGCAAAUGGGUUUUCCACGAGAGAGGUCAUCUUAAGGCUGUGAAUGUUAGGCAUCACAAAGUUGGGGAAACUGAUGAACCAGCAAUUUACAGGAUUAAUGAUGAUUUGGAAUAUUCCGUUGAAAUUUACGAGUGGUCUGGUAAGGCAUGGGAGCCGUAUGUCUCUGACGACGUUCAGGUGCAGUUUUACAUGAUGAGCCCCUAUGUUUUGAAAACUUUAUCAACCGACAACAAGGGUCUUUAUUAUACUACCUUUAAAGUUCCGGAUGUAUAUGGAGUAUUCCAGUUCAAGGUCGAGUAUCAAAAACCUGGAUACACUGCCUUAUCUCUAUCAAAGCAGAUUCCAGUGAGACCCUUUAGGCACAAUGAAUAUGAAAGAUUCAUUCCUACCGCUUAUCCAUACUAUGGAGCAGCCUUUUCAAUGAUGGCUGGCUUCAUUAUGUUCACUGCUGUUCAUCUAUACAACAAGUAACCAAAACCACUGUAAGGUGCAGAGCUUAUUAGUUAUUCUAAUUUUGAUUUAUUUUUUCGUAAUUUUAAAUUUUAUUUGAGCUCUCUCUUCAAUAUUGGAUGCUGAUACUACAAUUAUGGAUACUUUAGUGUUAGUAAUUAAUUUAGAGAGAGAUGACAAUUUUGUUGAGAUUAACCAAAUUAUUCUGGGA